ACAUGGGGAGUAUUCAUGCUUGUAUUCCUAUCAAAAAUUGUAAUAAUCAUUUCUUUUAUUCUAUUUAAAUUGUUCACCAUUUCUUUUUGUGAAUUGAUCUUCUCUUGAUCAUCCAAAUAUCAAAAUCAUGGAAUUCCCCUAUGGUGGCAACCACCAUCACCACCGUGAUGACGAUGAAAAUUUUAAAAACGACCGACGUCCACCAUAUUCAAAUUAUCCACCUCCACCGUCUUACGGCGGUGAUUUCCGUCACUCUCCGCCACAAACUUAUCCUCCUCCACCUUCAUACGGCGGAGAAUUCUCUCAUCAUCCACCAGGAAAUUAUCCUCCUCCGCCGCAAGUCGCCGGAGUUUACCACACAUCUCAUACCCCUCAUUUUGAAUCCCAAAAUUUCCCUCCUCCACCGCCCCCUCAAGUCGCCGGAGUUCAUCACGUAUCUCACAUGGGAUCCCAAAACUACCCUCCUCCUCCUCCUCCUGCUGCUCCGUAUGAGCAUCAAACUUCUUCCCGCCACCAUGAAUACGGAAGCGUAGGUGGGUCCCAUCAUGAAGAGAGCGAUGGUGGUUCCCACCAUUUUAGGCCUCACAUGCCUGGUUUCAUUGCUGAGCAUUUUCAUCAUUCUUCUCCAAGUGAUGAUGUUGGCAGUCAUCAUGAAAGUGGUGGUGGAAGCUUUGGUGGUGGGUUGAAUUUGGAAGGGUAUUUUGGGAAUAAGCCAAGCCACAUGAUUUAUUGUAAAGCUGGUGGAGAUAGAUAUUGUGUUGCGAUUAGAGAUGGGAAAGUUCUUCUUACUUAUGCUGAUCCCAAUGAUCCUACCCAGCACUGGUACAAGGAUGAAAAGUAUAGCACAAAGGUAAAGGAUGAAGAUGGAUAUCCUAGUUUUGCAUUGGUGAACAAAGCUACUGGGAAGGCUCUAAAACAUUCUGUUAAUGGUCAUCCGGUUGACAUGAUCCCUUACAAACCUGAUCAUUUGGAUGCAUCUGUCCUGUGGACUGAGAGCAAGGACUUGGGUUCUGGUUUCAGAACUAUCAGGAACGUUAAUAACGUUCGUUUGGUUUUAGAUGCUUUCAAUGGUGACAAGGAUCAUGGUGGUGUCCAUGAUGGCACUAUUAUUGCUAUUUACAAGUGCUGGAAGGGAGACAACCAGAAUCAGCAGUGGAGGCUUCACCGAACCUGGUAUACUAGGAAACCCAAUCAUAAACAACAACUACAACACCACGAGGUCCAUGAGAUCACCCGAAUGCCUAUAAGCGGCUAUUAACUAAGCAUGAUUUGUUGGGUCGAAUGUACGCAGCUUUACCCUUGUAAUAACAAUGAGAAUAUCCGGGUGAUGUUGAAGAAACGCGUCAGCAAAUAUCUUGUUUAUUGUGUGUGUUAUUGUUGGUAUAAUAAUACUAAAUACUUGUAUGUGCAUAUGCAGAAGCUUAUACUGCUGCUGAGAGUUUAUAUUUAUAUUGUGUAAGGUUUUGUGGAUUGAUGCUUCUUUAUGUGAGUGACUAUGGUUGUGCCUUUGAUGGGAUAACAAUAUAAGGUGUUUUUUUUAUGAAUACAACAUGAGCAUUGUUUGGUAAA